CUCUUUUUCAGAGACUUGUCCUUUAAUGACCUCCGCGAAUGGAGAGGAGAUAUCGCUAACACCCUUCCCUCCCUACAGACGGUAGAAUUCACAGGAAACCAUUUAUACUUCCCAGACAAGAAUCUUUUUGAAGUUCACAACCUUAAAGAAAUUAGAGGGAUCACGUGGAAUAUUAAUUGCGCUAACUGCACAUUGAUUAACACUAAAAUACUUGUCAGCUCAAAUGAAAGUGACCUGGCGUGCAUAGUGACAUCAGAGGAGUAUGUUUUUUCGGAAGAGAUUGAAUAUGGAAGGUCACUUCUCUUCGUAAAACGAGGGUUUUCACCAAAAUGCUUAUGUGAGUCAGACAAUUGCGUCGCGGAAGAAAUUUACUUGCCUUAUGAGCUCACACUCAACACGUUACCAAGAAAGUUAUUUUACACUGAGUACAUUCUAGGUGCCAUUGCAAUAAUCUUAAACCUUGUCGUCAUGUUUAUUUCGUUCGGAUGCCGUUCGCUUCGCACUAGCACUUCCUUCAUUUUGCUGGGAAAUAUCAGUGUUUGUGACAUCUUUAUGGGUGUUUACUCAGUCUUAAUAGCCAGAUACACCGUAUAUGAAUUUAUAGUUAACGCAGGCAACUACCCUAGGAUGGACGUAUUUGUUAAUGAUUACUGUACCAUAAUGGGAGUUAUUUUCACGACGGCUCAAAUAGUCUCAGUUUCAAGCUCUCUUUUGGCAACGGUGGAGCGUUAUUUAUCGAUAGUGCAUUGCAUGAAUCCGGGAGUAAGGUUGAGAAAGACCACUGCACUUAAGUGUGUGACGGGAAUAUGGUGUGCUGCGAUCGCCUACUCGCUUCUGCCGGUUUUCCAAGUUGGUGGUUUGAGAUAUCAUGGCGAAUUCACAUGCAUGAUGCCAUUUGUGAACGGGCCUAAUCAACAGGACACGUCAGAGGCUGGCCUCGCUGUUGCUGCCCUGCUUGUUUUGUUUUAUGUCAUUAGCAUUGCUUUAUACUUUCACAUCUUUCUCCAUGUUAGAAAAGCAGGCAUGAGUGCCGGUGUAAAGCGAAAGGCUGCCUUGGCUAAGAACAUUUCAAUAAUGGUUUUUACAAACUUCAUAUUCUUCAUAUCACCAAUGGUAUGCACUUUACUGUUUGUGUACAGGUUUCAACAACUCUUUAAAGCUUUCAGUAUAAACACUUUACGAAGCCUUAAAACCUAUUUUAUCAUGCUCUCCUGGGCUCCGGUUGUGUUUAUCAGUUUCAAUUCUUGCUUAAACCCUUACCUGUGUGCAUUCAGACAUCCAAAAUUCCGAAAAGAGAUUAAAGUUUAUGUUGAGAAGCUUCAGCGCUCUUUUUUGCGACGAUCUCAGCACAAUUUGCCCCAGGUAUGGACGCUUACAGCUGCGGAACGACUGGAACUUACCUCAACAAAUGUUAUUGUUGGAAAUGACAAUGUUAGCUGUGAGACUUAUAGAUCACUGGAAACUUUGAACUAA